AAAAGGUGUUUUAAAUAGCGAAGGAAAAUUAAUUACUGACGACGUUACUUGGUACUAUGUUAAUACUUCGGAACCUCAUCUUGUUACUCUUGACAAAAUUGAUGAUGGAAAACUUAUUAGUAUCGGUAAUUCUUUGCAAGAUCCGAAUCGAUUUCCAAUUGGGAUUAAUCUCAAUAAAGUUUCGGUUGUUGACAAAUCUACAAUUGAGGUGGUAACUUUUGAACGAGGCAUUAAUCGCAUAACUUUAGCUUGUGGAACCGGUUCGACAAGUUGUGUUGCUUUAGUAAGGCGUUUGGGAUUUAUUGACAAAGAUAUAAAUAAAGUUACGGUUAAGGUGCGGGGAGGAUACGUAGUUGUUUCUAAUGAAAAUGAUAAUGUUUAUCUUGGUGGUCAAAGUGCGGUUGAAGGUGUAGACAAUAUUGAACCUCCUAAACAUUAA